UUUGGUUUUUUGUUUUGCGAACGUUCGGCAUUCGUUUUCCAUGCAUUCCAGUCGCACCAUGCCGCGCGUGAAGCGCCUUGUGCUCACUCUCUACCGGUUCCUUCACCGACAUCGUCUCCCACUCCUUCUCGCCGUCUUCCUUCCCCCGCUCCUCCUCUACCCUCUUCUUGUGAGCGCACGAGGCAGUCCCGCACUCGUUCCGCAUGAGCUACGCACGGCGCAACGGCCGUUACUGGUGGUUGCGCAUCCUGAUGACGAGUGUUUGUUUUUUUCGCCAACAAUGAAUGCGUUGGGUGGUGUAAAGGGGAUUUUGGUGCUUUCCACUGGAAAUAAUUAUGGAAUUGGGGAUACCCGACGACGAGAGUUGAUGGGGAGUUGUCGAGAGCUGGGUGUGGAUGAGCAGCAUUGUACCGUGUUGGAUUUACCUGAUAUUCAAGAUAAUCCACGGGAAUGGUGGCCCGCUGAUCGGGUUCUUGAAAUUGUUACGGAGCAUGUUAAAAAGACGAAUGCAGAUGUGAUUGUCACAUUCGAUUCAGGCGGCACGUCGGGGCACCUUAACCACCGCUCCGUUCACCGUGCCCUCCUAAAAUCCCCAAUCCCAACUUACAGCACAACCACAAUUCCCCUCCUCCGAAAAUACAGCUCCAUCCUCGACGUGACCCUGACCUCUCUCUCUUUCCUUCCCAAUCUCCUCUUUAACAAACCCGUUACGCACCGCGCAUUCUUUGUGAAUGGUUGGAACGAUUACUUGGCUGCACGACGGGCGUUUGGGAGCCAUGCGAGUCAAUUGAGCUGGGAUAGGCAUAUUUAUAUGAUUUUGGGACGUUACAUGUUUUUGAAUGAUUUAGUCAAGAUUGCAUAGAGUAGGGGGUUGGGAUUCAGGAGAUGGCUUUGCGGCGCAUUCUUGAGUCAAUGCAUUAUGUCGAUGGGAAUGGAUUCUAGUCGAGUAGAACAGUUCUCCAUCACCUAUUUAUAAAUUUCAGAAAAUAAGGAAAGAAUGCGAGUAGUCGCGGUCAUGGCUCUCUGGGGCAUUGAACCUCAACUGAAUCUUCUGUAUCCAAGCCUUGAGUAAACUG